AUAGGAAGGAAAUAGAUUAGAAUAGGAAUGAAAUAUAUAUUCUAUAUUCAAUAUAUUCAAAAUAAAAAUUCGAAUUCUAUUUGUAUAAAAAAAAAAAAUAGAAUUCGAAUUCAAUAUAAGAUUAUUUAUAUAGUUUCGAAUAGGUCAUUCGUUCAUUUUCUUUCUAUCUUUUUUUUUAGUUUUAGAAUAUUCUAUAUUCUAUAUUGAGAUUGUCGUAAUGACAAUCAAAUUUUCUAUACAUAUAGAAAGUAUUAUUCUAUUCUCAUAUUCAAUAUUAGAUAUUUUAUUGAAUCAAAAAAUAAAAAAUCAAAAAACGGGAGCACGUUGAUUAUAUGGAAAGGAAGGAGUAAAAAUCGAUCGUGGGUAAAGAUACUAUCGCUGAUAUACUAACCUUGAUACGCAAUGCUGACAUGAAUAGAAAAAGAACUGUUCAAAUACCACUUACUAAUAUCACCGAAAACAUUGUAAAAAUUCUUUUACGAGAGGGUUUUGUUGAAAACGUCAGAAAACAUCGAGAAAGCAACAAAUACUUUUUAGUUUUAACUCUACGGUAUAGAAGAAAUAGGAAAGGAUCAUAUAAAAGUUUUUUAAAUUUAAAAAGGAUUAGUACACCUGGUCUACGAAUCUAUUCUAACUAUCCCAAAAUUCCGAAAGUUUUAGGAGGGAUGGGGAUUGUAAUUCUUUCUACUUCUAGGGGUAUAAUGACAGAUCGAGAGGCUCGAUUAGAAAAAAUAGGGGGGGAAAUUUUCUGUUAUAUAUGGUAAUCAUCAUAGUUUUGCCCAUAUCUGAAUUAUAUGAAAACUGGAUAUCUCAAUUAGCGCUACAAGAACUUAGCGAAGAAAUUUUGACGAUGAUGAGCGAAAUAGAUAAAACGUAUAUUGUUUUAUUAAAGAUUAAAUUCAUCAACAACGUAUGAUCAUUACCAUAAACGUAUGAUCAUCGUGUUAUUCUAUUCCACCUCUUAGAAAUUAGAACUACUAAACAAUCCGGAGAUAUAUGAUACUAAUAAGAUAUAUGAUAAUAAUAUAUAUCAAAAUAUUACUUUUUGAGAUUUCUCAAUUGAAUCAAAAAUGGAUAUCUGAAUUCGGGGGAAAACUUGACAAAGACAUUAUUAUUAGGGUGAAUAAGGAACUAGCGGAAAUAGAUAAGGAACUAGCGGAAACAGAUAAGGAAGUAGGGAAAACAUAUCUUGUAGCAUUAUUCUGGGAUGAAGAUUAAAUUCAUCAACAACGAGGGUAUGUUGCAGGGUGCUUUAGAGAAAUAGAAUUCAAAUAAGAUUCUAGGCUAUAUUUCCAAAAAGACUUACUGGAUACGACCGGUAAAGGAAAAAAUGGAAGUAUAGCUGACUCAAUCCGAUUAAUUUUUGAACUUGAACAUAUUUUUUAGGAGUAACAAUUUGAAGUUCAAAAUGUAAGGAAACCCUAUUUUCUUCCAAUAUAUAAAUUCGGAAUUCAAUUGAAUUUCUAAGGAGUUAAAAAUAUGAAAGUGGCGGCCUCUGUUCGUAAAAUUUGUGAAAAAUGUCGAUUGAUCCGUAGGCGAGGUCGACUUCUAGUAAUUUGUUCCAAUCCAAAACAUAAACAAAGACAAGGAUAAUAUUCAAAGAAAAAAGGGCUUUCUAUUAAUAAGAUUUUGUAUUUGAAUAGAAUUCAAAUACAAAAUCUUAUUAAUAUUCCAUUUUCUUAAAUACUUAAUAAUUCGAAUCUAGUCUAUAGUUAUAAGUAUUCUAAUAACAUAGAAUUGCUUAUUGCUUGAUAUUUUAAAAAAGGUAUUCUAUAUGAAUCGAAUUAUCGAAUAAAUAUAGAAUAACUAGAUAGAAAAUAGUAAAGAAUCCUUUUUGAGAGGAAAUGGAUAUAUCCAUAUAUUUCGGACUUAUAUUUUUUUUCAAAUAAAAAAAAUGGCAAAAUCUAUACCAAAAAUUGGUUCACGGAAAACUGGACGUAUUGGUUCGCGUAAGCAUCCUCGUAAAAUACCAAAGGGGGUUAUUUAUAUUCAAGCUAGUUUCAACAAUACCAUUGUGACUGUUACAGAUGUACGAGGUCGGGUGAUUUCUUGGUCCUCCGCCGGUUCAUGUGGAUUCAAGGGUACACGAAGGGGGACACCAUUUGCCGCUCAAACCGCAGCGGGAAAUGCUAUUCAAACAGUAGUCGAGCAAGGCAUGCAACGAGCAGAAGUAAGGAUAAAGGGUCCGGGUCUAGGAAGAGAUGCGGCAUUAAGAGCUAUUUAUAGAAGUGGGAUACUAUUAAAGGUUAUACGGGAUGUAACCCCUCUGCCACAUAAUGGAUGUCGGGCUCCUAAAAAAAGACAAAAACUAAAAGUAUCGACUCAGACACUACAGUGGAAGUGUGUUGAAUCAAGGGUAGACAGUAAGCGUCUUUAUUAUGGACGCUUUAUUCUGUCUCCACUUAUGAAAGGUCAAGCAGAUACAAUAGGCAUUACAAUGCGAAGAAUUUUGCUCGGAGAAAUAGAGGGAACAUGUAUCACACGUGCAAAAUCUGAGAAAAUACCACAUGAAUAUUCUACCAUAGUAGGUAUUCAAGAAUCAAUACAUGAAAUUUUAAUGAAUUUGAAAGAAAUUGUAUUGAGAAGUAAUCUGUAUGGAACUCGGGAGGCGUCUAUUUGUUUCAAAGGUCCUGGAUAUGUAACUGCUCAAGACAUCAUUUUACCACCUUCGGUGGAAGUCAUUGAUAAUACACAACAUAUAGCUAACCUAACAGAACCUAUUAAUUUGUGUAUUGAAUUACAAAUUGAGAGAAAGCGGGGAUAUCGUAUAAAAACACUAAACAACAUUCAAGAUGGAAGUUAUACUAUAGAUGCUGUAUUCAUGCCUGUUAGAAAUGCAAAUCAUAGUAUCCAUUCUUAUGUGAAUGGAAAUCAAAAACAAGAGAUACUAUUUCUGGAAAUAUGGACAAAUGGAAGUUUAACUCCUAAGGAAGCACUUUAUGAAGCCUCCCGGAAUUUGAUUGAUUUAUUUAUUCCUUUUUUACAUGCAGAAGAAGAAAACUUAAAUUUUGAAAACAAUCAACACAAAAUGACUUUGCCCCUUUUUACUUUUCAUGAUCAUGAUAGAUUCGUUAAGGAUAAACUAAGGAAAAAUCAAAAAGAAAUUACAUUGAAAUCCAUUUUUAUUGACCAAUUAGAAUUGCCUCCCCGGAUCUAUAAUUGUCUUAAAAAGUCCAAUAUACAUACAGUAUUGGAACUUUUGAAUAAGAGUCAAGAAGACCUUAUGAAAAUUGAACAUUUUCGAGUAGAAGAUUUAAAAUUUAUAUUAAACAUUUUACAAAUCGAAAAUCAUUUUGUAUAA